AAUUAUGACAUUCUUCGACAGAGAAGUCACACACAGUUUUGGCCAAACAUUGAUCUUAAGCCACAUUUAGCUCUACGAAGAGUUUAUCUGAACGGAACUGAAGUGCGAGACAAUCACGAGAAAUGGCGAGAAUCUGUGAUCAGUGUUGUGAGCAAUUCGGGAACAGUCUUUGGUUCGGGUCUUAUAGUGGACUCUAAUGGAUAUAUUGUGACCACUGGUCAGACGGUCCGCGGAAACGAAUUGAUAAGUGUUAAGCUUUCAAAAUCGAAACCCAAGAGUGAUCUCAUCCGAGACGAGACCGACACUACAGCGACGGACAUUAUUAAGGGACGAGUUGUAUAUAUCGACCCUCUCGUCGAUUUAGCGCUCAUAAAACUCCUGACUCUAAAACCCGGAGCUUUAGUCGCAUUAGAUUUUGCCGACAAAUCAGACAUAAAAUCCGGUCAACGAAUAGCUUUGUUGGGAUAUCCGAGCGGUACAAAGGGUCUGAUGACGGGAACCAUUAGCUGUUUAGAUCACCAAUCAGUGGACACAUCGCAAGGCGUUAGUCGUUAUUAUCAAUUGCUGUUGAAUCCCAACCGACAAUAUAUGAGUCAUAACGCAGUACACGGCGGAGGCUUUACGGGCGCACCCGUUAUCAAUAUGAAAGGAAAAGUGGUGGGCAUUGCGAUCGUCGGAUACAACGAUUCAAACUAUGCCGUACCCGUGGACGACGUCAAGAGAAAGGAAUUCGAAGUGAAAGACCGGGAAAAAAGGUAUUCAUUUAAAAAUAGGAGAGCACUCGGAGUUGUGUUGCAAAAGGAGGCGAACAAAGGUUUCAAAGUUUGCAAAUUUACGCGAAAUAAUCACUUCGACGGCAAAGGAGUCCUAAAACUCAAUGACUACAUAACACAUGUCGAUAGCAUUGAAUUCGAGACAUUAUCCCAAUUGAGUGAUACAUUGGAUGGUCUAAAGCAGGGAAAGAGCAUUAAACUGACCGUCGAAAGGGUUGGCCAACAGAUUCCAGUCGUCAUUAAGUACGAAGACAUCGUCCCAUUAGACUGUGAUAUCGUCUAA